AUGACAGGACUGUGCCUCGCCCUAGGUCGGCCCGACAGGCGCGGGCCCCCUCGACGCCUGCGCUGCCCCGCGCCCCCCGCGCCCCCUCACCGGCUGGGACGUGUCGCCACCGCCGCUGCCGCCGCCGCCGCCGCCAACACCUCCAGCCGCCACAGCCCCGCCCCGCGCACCCUCCGCGCGCGCCGCGGGAGGGGGCCCAAGCCAUACUCCGAUUGGCUGCGUGCUGGCCAACCACCCCUGGAGGCAGCGGAUAUUGGUGGGAAUGAAGCGGACGAGCAGCCCCUGAAGCCAAUCACUGAGGGGUGGAGGCGGGACUAUUGGGAGAGGCAGUGGGGGCCCCCGGGUGGUCCAGCUGGGCGCGAGGCGCUGGGAGGUGAGGGCCCCGAGGCGGGCGAAGAUUGGAGCCGCGGAGGAAGACGGGCAGCCCUGAUGGCCAAUGGCUGGGGAUCAAGGGCGGGGCUCCGAAGAAACUUGCGCGACUGGGCUGGAGGAACUGAGGGCGUAGCCCGGAGCGUGACGGAGAUUGGCUUAGAAGCAAAGACUGGCAAGGCCUGCGGCCAGUCCUAG